UUUAUGUCCUGACUUCCUUCUACAGACAGCAUAUUGUACUUUUAUUCACAAAGAGGGAUACAAGCUGCAGUGAUACGUGGAUUAAACAAAAAGUGAUUAUGGCAACAAUCGAACCAGCACCUAGAAGGAUAUCCCAACAAAGAACUAUGCUCACAUCACUACCUUUAUAUUAUGAGGGAUUUGUGUGGAUUAAACGACCUAGAAGUAAGGAAGCAAAGUACUGGACCGAGUUACGAGGAACAAAACUUUUCCUUUAUAACGAUAAAAAACAAGAAAAGUACAUAGACAGCAUUGAAUUGAGGAAUUUGAAAUCUGUAAAUGACGGACAUUCCAAUCAGAAACAAUGGUCAGAAGUUGUAUUGACCUUGGACAAGGAGGAAGUAAUCAUAAAGACGGAAAUAGCUGAAGAUGCAGAAGAGUGGAAAGGAUUUAUACUUACCGUAGUUGAGCAAUCUGUUCCAAGCUGGUUGACUUUGUUACCUGGACAACUUAUUAGGCUAAAGGAAGUUCUAGAAAAGGAAACGGCAAGGAGAGCGGAAGAAAAAGGUCCUUUGGUCUUACCUUCUAGAAUGUCUGUGGAUGUGCCUAGCUCUGAAGCCUAUGAAGAUGUUGCAGUUUCAAAUGCAAUGCCUAUGUGCUUUUACAGUGUAUCUCGUCAUGAAGCUGCAGAAAUGCUCGUGAAGAACGAAAGCUUUGGCAAUUUAAUACUGAGGCCCGGGGGAGACUCUAAGAACUAUGCUGUAACUAUUCGAGAGCCCUCUGAAAAUAGCAGGUCCCAAGUCAAACAUUACAGGAUUCUAAAAACAGACCGUGGUUUCACUAUUGAACUGGACAAGCCUGUCAUAUUGAACAGCCUUGAUGAUGUUGUGGAUCACUUUAUUAGGGAGACCAGAGGGAAACUGAAACCAUAUGUUUCAAACAUAUAUGACACACAGAUCGAUUAUGCUGUUAAUGUGGAAACUCAGAAGACUGCAGACAAAUUUAUGCCAGCACAGCGUGGAGCAGAAAACACCUAUGUGAAUGUCGAUGCUCACCUGUCUUCCUUCCGCGGACUGUCCUUUGGUUUCCUUACAAGUAUAAAAGUCCACUUCACCAUACCCCAGACCCCUUUUUUAACUGGAGAAAGGCCUUAA